UAUGAAGCUGAAUAAUUUACGGAAAUCGUAAAGUAGUGGGGGAAUUAUCAAAGAAUUAUUUAAGAGCGCGACGAUAAGUUGGGGGCGUCUAAACUGUAGUGGUGCUUUACCCAAAACGUUUAUAGAUUCAUACCUGAAAUUUCUGAAACCUGAAACUGAAAUGCCUGUUAUUGAAAGCAUCGGUCGUAGGCAAUGCAUUCCGAUUAUCUAUCCUAGAGGAACUCACUAUGAAGUUGGAUUCGAUGUUGGUCGUAAUUUUGCUUCCAUUAUCCAAAGCUUUUUAGAACAAAGUACAAGUCUUCAUGAAGAUUUCCUUCCCGCUUACGAGACCCCUGAGGGGCGUAAGGCUUACGAGGACACCCUCAACUGUGUAAAAGCAAAUUUUCCUCAAUACAUCGAUGAACUACAAGGAACAGCCGAUGGAGCAAAAGUGCCUUUCCACGAAUUAUUUCUUCUCCAUAUGGACAAUAUUAUUUUAAAUGCUCGACAAGAAGAUGGAAUAAAACAACCUUAUGGGUGUUCAACAAUUUGUGUUAAUCAUGCAGGACAGGAAAUCCUUGGCCAUACCGAAGACGCUUUGAAGGAGACUUUGAAUCACUUUUACUUCGUUUCGGCCCAUAUCAUAUCGGAUAAACCGCAAGGACGUUGGAAUGUUACAGAGGAAAAAUUUACUUCUUUGUGUUACGCUGGCCACUUGCCGGGCUAUACAAUGAGCUACAACCAUCAUGGUCUAGUCUUUUCCAUCAACACUCUGUGCGCAAAAAAUCUAAGACCGGGGAAAACACCGAGACACUUUCUCACGAGAGCUUUGCUGGCAGCUGAGAAUUUUGUUCAAGCCCAACAGAUCUUGAGAGAUUCCGGAAACGGAGCCGGAGAUGGGUGUUCCGUUAAUAUGACUUUCUUGCAACAGGAGGGAGACCGACUUUUCCAUAACGUGGAAAUGGGGCCCACGGAGAAUGACAAUGAGUCACAAUUGAAUAUUCUUACGGCAAGUCCGGGAGAGUAUUUGUUGCAUUGCAAUUCAUAUUUGCGUCUACCUCUAAAAGAAGUGAAUAUUGAGAUGUUAAGAAGCAGUGAAGAAAGAAUGGCAGCUUUUAAAAAAUAUAGUAAGCCAAAAUGCGAAGGUGAUGUUAUUGAAAUGUUGGGAGAUGAUUCGAACAAAGACUAUCCUGUGUUCAGAGACACGGACUACGUGAGAACCAUUGCAGUUGGUAUAUUUGACUGCAUUAAACGAACUUGGAGCUUAUAUUCCGACAAUCCUAGACAUAACGAACCGUUGGUAGUCCUCCCUAUAGUAUUAAAAAGUGAUACAAAGUAGGUCGGAUAUGAUAAUGUUAUCACAUCUUAAAAGCUUUAAAAUAAAUAUAAAUGUAAAGAUUUGCAAUAUAUCUAAUAAAAACAAAAACAUCUUGA